CCGCCAACAACAGACGCUGAUACCUGAUCCUGACGCCGAACCCGAACCCACAGCACAGUAGCCCGCUUAUACCUACAGCCGAGAACGAACAUGGCGGACCGAACCUACGGCGGCUUCACCACGGCAAUCGUACGGGAAAUCCCCGGCUCCCUGGCGGGCGAUGCGGCCCCACCGGCCGAGGGAGAGGAGAGGGAAGAUGCGGUGCAAGCGGUGGAUCUUCAGAAGGCGCGUGAUGAGUGGACGACGUACGUGGACACGCUGAGAACCCUGGGAUUGCGAGUGAUCACCAUCCCCGCGGACGAGGAGUGUCCGGGCUGCGCCUUCGUGGCCGACACCGCCGUGGUGGUUGAUGGGAUAGCGUUCAUCACCCGGCCAACCAACCCCGACCGCAGGAAAGAGCUGAAGGCAGUGAAGGAAGUGUUGGAGGCACAGCUGGGUGUGGGGAACGUGGCGGAGCUGAGAGACAUCGAGGCCACACUGGAUGGCAGGGACGUGCUGUUCACGGGCAGAGAGUUUUUCGUGCGAGUGACGGAGAGUAACAACAACGCGCCGCAGAGCCCGACCCGCAGGACGACCAGGAAGAAGGAGAAACCUGCUCCCAAAAACGACGCCGGCGCCAGGCUCCUUGCACGCGUCUUCCCCGACUUCCAGGUGACGUCCCUGUAUAUCCAGGGAGACCGCCCCCUGCAGAGUUACCUGUCCAUGGCAGGACCUGACAUCAUUGCGGCUGGGGAGGGGGAGGACGCACAGAGGGUCAUCGAACAAAUCAUUGAGAAGGCUGAGUACAAGUACAAGGUUCUGUGUCUCCCUGAGGACUCAGCUGUGGACUGUGUGUUUGUGAACGGCUCUCUGGUCCACAGAACUCAGGAGGAGAUACCCAAGAGCACGGAGGUGAUUGAGGCCAAGCUGACUGAUCUGAAGAAAGUCAUUGUGCCAAACUCGGAGCUUGCCAAAGUUGGGGCCACCCUCAGCGCUCUCACAGUCUUUAUCUAGAAUAGUCAAUCUUAGCCUAGCUCCCCAGGCAUUGUGCUGGCCUCUUAAAAACAACCAUGUUGUACAUUCCAUACAUUACUGGGGCCUGACCAGUGCCUGGGUGGUGACGUUUAGGCUACAUCAAUUUAUUUUCUUGGUUCUCGGACAUUUUAAGGUGAAAAUCUAGCAAGAGAACAUGAAAUAAAGAGCUGGGAGGAAAACUUCCAGAAACCGUUGCCUACAAUGGUAAAGACUUCUCACAGUCUGUUUUCAUGCUGAUAUUUCAAUUGAACAUCUUUUUAUUAAUCCGAGAACCAAAGAAUCAAAUUGGUUUGGCCUUAUAUAGACCUGAUUCAUGGUUAUGUUUUGAUGGUGUCAUUUUCUUUUGUUGAAUUUUUCCAUCGGCCAUUUUAUCAGUGCCAAAACGUCUGCAUGUAGCAGUUUUACCUGGCACAUCACCUGUUGCUGGUAAAGUAGAAGGCAAGACAAGUCAAAGAAACAACUUUCUGUGCUUUGAAGCAGAAG